AUGGCCUCUUUUAAGUAUUUCUUGAUAAUAUACACAAUAGUUUCAAUUUUUACACUGGUUUUGGUUCCAAGAACUGUUCUUUCUGUGCCCUUUGUCGUUUUUCACGGAAUAUCUGACAAUUGCAAAAACAAAGGAAUAACUCAUUUCACCACUCUUCUAAGUGACUGGUCGGGUUCGCGAGGAUAUUGCAUUGAAAUUGGAAAUGGUGCGUGGGAUUCAUGGACAAUGCCCUUCCUAAAACAAACGGAACCUUUCAACUUACAGGUGAAGGAAAUGGAAGAACUCAAAGAAGGUUACAACAUUAUUGGACUUUCCCAGGGUAAUCUGGUCGGCAGAGGGGUCAUUGAGUUAUGUGAUGGUGGACCUCCAGUGAGAAGUCUAAUAUCUUUGGCAGGUCCGCAUGCUGGAAUAGCAGCUGUUCCCUUAUGUGGAUCGGCUUUGGUUUGCAUUCUCGUGGACUUUCUAAUCAAGUUUGCAAUUUACAGCGACUUUGUUCAGGAACAUUUGGCACCUGCCAGUUUUAUCAAAAUCCCAACGGACCUAAAUGACUACAAAGAAGGAUGCAGCUUCCUGCCUAAGCUUAAUAACGAAAUAUAUAAAAAUUCUACUUACAAAGAGCGAUUUUCUAGCUUGGAAAACUUGGUUCUUAUCAUGUUCGAGAAGGACAGCAUUUUGGUGCCGAGAGAGACUUCUUGGUUCGGAUAUUUCCCAGAUGAUUCGUGGGAAACAAUUUUGCCUGCUCAACAGACAACUCUCUAUACAGAAGAUUGGAUUGGUCUGAAAACAUUGGAUGAAGCUGGGAAAGUGAAGUUUGUAAACGUGUCUGGGGGCCAUCUCGACAUCUCAUAUGGCGAAAUGAAGAAAUAUAUAGUUCCAUAUUUGGUGGAUAAGAAGGCCAAUCAACAAACAGUGCUAAAACAAUUUCAUACUUGGUCUGAGCAUGAGGAAAAGAUUAUUAAGCUGUUUGCUUCAUAUUGA